CAACCCGAUCUCAUAACUUUGCGUACAAAUAACACGACUUUCCACCUUCCCUUUGCGUGCAAUGCAUACGCCAAAAUCCGUUUUUGCGUGCAUAUGAUACGCCAGUCCUUCCCAUUCAUUUCUUUGGAGAACAGAUGCGUCCAUAUGCCACGCACCAACUUUAACGGCGAUGACGUCAUCAACGAGACUCGGUUCAACGCCAGUUCACCUGAUGAGCAUCGACAUUGAAUCAAUACAAUGUUAAGUGGAAACAAACAUAAAUUAGAAGCUGUUCUACUUCUCGCUGAUGCAUUUGUUGAGGAGAUACAGGCAAGUUUUUUUUUUUUUUUUUUUUUGUUAUACACAAAUAUUUAAGCAAUUAACUCCAGUUAGUUAAUGCCUAGUUUUCUCCCAUCUGUUUAAUUACAUGCUAAGUCAAAAAAAAAAGAGUCAGAUCAACCUGAAGUCCCUGGACAAAACAAAGUAACCUGGUGGAAGAGGGACUGCGAUGGGCAACGGGUGUCCACCUCGAAACGUCAGAAAAAAAGAUCAUCAUCUGUUUGUUCUCCAUGUGCUAGUUCCUCCCCACCAUGUAUUACCCAUCAAUAUCCAGAUUUUAACAUGCAGAGGCUAGAGAACCUUCUUCAGGAAUCUGAGACCAUCACUCUUGAAGAUCCUCCUGAAGACACCAUCCUGCAGUCUCCAUUGUCCAUUUGGGGACAAAGAAAAAAAGAGGUCCAGCAGUGUUGGCAAGAGGCGAGGCCACAAAACCUUGCCAACUUGUUGUCGGCUGAAAGGAUUCCCACGAUGACAUGUAGUCACUGUCAUGUGAGAGAAGCAAUUAUCCGUUGUAGGGAAUGUUUGCCAUCAGAGUGGUUUUGUGAAUGUUGUGACACAUUAAUACACAAACACCACAUUUUGCACAGUAGGCAAACCACAAUCAGUGGCUUUUUUAAAUACAUCCCUCCAACGGAAUUUGUCAAACUCCAUGACAGUAACUACAUCAUCUGUGAACAAGAUUGUUUGCUACCAACAGCCUUGCCUCAGAUAAUUUGUUCCUGUAAUAAUGCUGAUGUUGCUGUAUCUGUUGGAAGAUCUAUCAUUCUGGUUUGCAUAAAUGGCCGUUAUAACCUUCACACACCAUUGCUGACAUGCAAACAUUGCAAUGAGCAAUGGACUCCAGGGGUCAUUGACUUCGAAAGGAGUGGUUAUUGGCCUGCUACCAUGCAAGCCCAGACCCUAUUCCACCAAGAUCUAUUUAAUUCGUUUGAGGCUAUGAAGACAGCAGCUCCAGGAAUGUCAGUGAAAGCAUUCACAGCACUGCUAGAUCAGAGAACAAAGCAGUUUGGAAGAACUGGCAAAGUGAAUACGGAUGCUUUUCAGAGAAGCUUUUUGCAAUAUGUGUACUGCAACUCUGAACAGAACCAACUACUGGGAAAGGAGCCAUUUCUCUGUCCAGCCUGUAGCCCUGAAAUGGUGGCUGUUUCAGUGGAUGGUAACCGAAAACUCUACAGGUUCCAAAAAACAAACCAGAGUCAAGAGCCAGGGUUUUUUGAAGGAGUUUUUUUAGCCCAAGACUCCAUGGUGUCUAAUUUUGUUGAGGAAGUCCGUGGUGCAGUCAAGAGUACACCAGGAAAAGCAAUGUGUGGGGAAUCCCACUGGACAGCAGCAAGAGAGACAUCAAAGCAAGCCAACAAGUUGGAUGAAGAAGGUGUGGAAAUUGCUGUGUGCAGGCAUGGAUUCCUCCUAAAAGGUCUGAACAUGUAUAGAGGAGAAAUUUUUGCAUAUCCGAUGUAUCUCCAAAAAGAGUUCAAAGAUGCAAAAUUUUUGGCCAUGGAUGUGACCUGCCGUUAUGUGCCAUACCUGGAGAAAGUGUCAGAGGCCCUGAGUCAUCUUCAACCUCUUCAGAAAAUGAGACAUUGCUUGUCUGUAAUGCAUGCCAAAGCCCACAAUACAAAAUGCGAGAUUCUGUGGAAUGCAAGGAACCAGGAAGGUGCUGGAACCACACUUGGGGAAGAAGUGGAGCAAGUAAAUAGUUUUCUAUCCAGAUGUGCCCUGACCACAAAAUAUAUGACCAAGUCAGUAAGAACUGAUAUGCUUACGGUCCAUGCAAUUGGGUGGAAUCAGCGUAAAGAGAAUGGACUGCACAUUGCCUUGUCUUCUAGAUUUAAAAAGACAGUGCAAAAGACCUUGACUGCAACAGAGAAUCUGAAAAUGAUGCAGAAUCAAUUCCAUUGUAGUGAUGACACAGUAAAAAAGUGGGUUAUGGAUGUCAAGCAGUGGGCAAGCAGUGGAAAUGCUACAGCCAGUCCUGUUGGUGCUCAUGGCUUGCAGUUGUCCAUCGAAACGCUCUUUGUGAGCAUUUGUCAGAAAAAGCAUUAUCUUUAUAGGCAGAAUGAUCGGAACAAAAGGCGUCAGAAGAUUACUCAAAAGAUUGCCCAAGAAAAGAAACGCUUGGUCGCAGAGAUCCAGAGAUACAACCAGCAACCUAACGCUGACCCUGUGGACACAAACUUAGUUGUACAGCAACUGUCCAACAAAGCAGAAGAGAUCAUGAUCUGGCCUUGGCAGGAACAGAACACAGAUGGUGUCAGCAUUAUCACCAAGAAGAAGCUCUUUGACCAAGUAAUGCUUGUCUCACGGCUGACUGAAGAAAGGCAGAUCCUUGUAAAAGAGAUGAUUCAGCACUGUCAGUACCUUAAGGACUCCAUAGCCAAGGUCCAGUCACUGAUGGCCACUGUUUCAGUGUGGACACAAACAGGAAGCUAUCCAAAUGGAUUCACAGAGGAUGGGUCCAAGGGCCUCAUGUGUUUACUAAAAAAAAGACUGCAGGACCUCAGACUGAAACAGCAGACUGUAGCAUGCACGUAUAAAGGUAUUCUUGACCCAACUUCUAGCCUGGUAGAAGAGGAGGAAGGGGAAAUGGAGGAAGAAAUGGACUGGCAGAAUGACCUUAGCUCUGAGGAUGAAGAUGAAGAUGAAGAUGAGGAUGAUGCAGCAGUGGGGACUCUAGUCACUUGACUUGGUGUUUUUCUUGACUAUUUUGUGAAUGAUCACAUUGUUACUUUUGCUAUAACAUGCUGAUUUACACUGAUGUAAAUGUCUGUAAAUACUUUCUUAUACCUGUAUAUAUGAAAUACAAAUUUAAUUUGUCAUUAAA